GGCGCGAGGGCCCCGAGGCCGCUGGCCCUGCUGCCUGCGUGGCCUAUAGCCGGCUAGACUUCCGCCGCUCAGGCAGCUGAGCGGCCACUCUGUUUUGGGGUCCUCGCCGCCCUUCCACGUCUCCCGGAAGAGUUAGCUGGGAGGCCCGGGAGGAUUCCGCUCCUGAGUGGGUCCGGGCAGGCGACGAGGCCGCGGCGUAGCCGCUCGGUGUCCUCAGGUGCCUCAAGAGAAUUAUUCUACUGCCAUCAUGUCUUGGUUUGCUGAUCUUGCUGGAAGGGCGGAAGAUCUUUUAAACCGAGUUGAUCAAGGGGCUGCAACAGCUCUCAGAAAGGAGAAUGCCAGCAACACCUUACAUAGCAAAAGUACUGACUAUUCUGAACUUGACCAACAAAACACAGAUUUGACAUACCAGACUGGACUUAAAGCUACGUAUAUUUCCUCAGCUGCUGAUAACAUCCGACAUCAAAAAGCCACCAUCUUAGCUGGCACAGCAAAUGUGAAAGUAGGAUCCAGGACUGCAGGGGAGGUCUCCCAUCCUCUUGAACAUUCAUCUGCCCCUAGGCCUUCAUCCCAGUUUGUCCGAAGGAAAAAGUCGGAACCUGAUGAUGAGCUGCUGUUUGAUUUUCUUAACAGCUCCCAGAAGGAGCCCAGUGGGAGAGUGGAAUUCAAGAAAGAGAAGAGCAGAGCACCUAUCUUUCCAAGUUCUCAGUCAUCAGUUAGCUCUGUGAAUGCCAGCGUAACUGCCAUCAAGGCUACUGAAGAAAAUUCUGGGAGCCAAAGCCAUGAAGUGAAUAGUUCUGAUUCUAUUCCUGAAGGCCACAAGGAAUCCUCAAAGGAAAGCCUAUCAUCAAAUGCCACCAGCACAGAGCACAACCCAGCACCUAAUGAUGGAGACAGAUCACACGAGCUGUCUAAUCUCCGACUGGAAAAUCAGCUGCUUAGGAAUGAAGUCCAGUCUUUAAAUCAGGAAAUGGCCUCAUUACUUCAAAGGUCCAAAGAAACUCAAGAAGAAUUAAACACAGCAAGAGCAAGAGUUGAAAAAUGGAACGUUGAUCAUUCAAAGAGUGAUCGAAUAACUCGGGAACUAAGAGCCCAAGUUGAUGACCUUUCUGAAUCAGUGGCUGCAAAGGAUUCCCAGCUGGCUGUCCUCAAAGUGAGACUCCAGGAGGCAGACCAGCUGCUGAGUUCUCGCACAGAAGCGCUGGAAGCCUUACAGAGUGAAAAGUCACGAAUAAUGCAGGAUCACAAUGAAGGUAGUAGCCUACAGAAUCAAGCUCUGCAAACUCUUCAGGAGAGGCUGCAUGAAGCGGAUGCCACUCUGAAGAGAGAGCAGGAGAGCUACAAACAAAUGCAGAGUGAGUUCGCUGCACGCCUUAAUAAGAUGGAAGUGGAACGUCAGAAUUUGGCAGAAGCAGUUACUCUGGCAGAAAGAAAAUACUCAGAUGAGAAGAAGAAGGCAGAUGAACUCCAGCAGCAAGUCAAGCUGCACAAGUCAAACUUGGAGUCUUCGAAGCAGGAGUUAAUCGACUACAAACAAAAAGCUACUAGAAUACUCCAAUCUAAAGAGAAGUUGAUCAGCAGCUUAAAGGAAGGCUCCGGCUUUGAAGGCCUAGACAGCAGUGCUGCCAGCAGCCUGGAGCUAGAAGAGCUUCGGCAUGAGAAGGAGAUGCAGAAGGAAGAGAUCCAGAAGCUGAUGGGCCAGAUCCAUCAGCUCAGAUCUGAGCUUCAGGACAUGGAGGCUCAGCAGGUUAGUGAAGCAGAAUCAGCAAGAGAACAGUUACAAGAUCUGCAAGACCAAGUAGCUGGGCAGAAAGCAUCUAAACAAGAGCUGGAGACGGAACUCGACCGAAUGAAACAGGAAUUUCACUACAUGGAAGAAGAUCUGUACCGAACAAAGAGCACAUUGCAAAGCCGAAUUAAAGAUCGAGAGGAAGAAAUUCAAAAACUCAGGAAUCAGCUUACCAAUAAAACUUUAAGCAACAGCAGUCAGUCUGAACUGGAAAGCCGACUCCAUCAGCUAACAGAGACACUCAUCCAGAAGCAGACCAUGCUGGAGAGCCUUAGCACAGAGAAGAACUCCCUGGUCUUCCAGCUGGAGCGCCUCGAGCAGCAGGUGCACUCUGCCUCCACGGGUUCCAGCAAUGGGUCUUCCAUUAACAUGACUGGAGUUGACAGUGGCGAAGGCACACGCCUGCGGAAUGUUCCUGUUCUUUUUAACGACACAGAAACCAGUCUAGUAGGAAUGUAUGGAAAGGUUCGAAAAGCCGCUAGCUCCAUUGACCAAUUUAGGCAUUGCUUCACCUCUGGGUCAUGAUUGUCCUACUGACUUACUCACCAGAAAUGCACCAUGACCAGCCGAAUGGCAAAUGAGCCCAGCCAGUUGAUUCAUGAGUGCUUGUUUCUAAACCUGGAUCUGCAGAAAAUUCUAAGAUUGCUCAGAAGGGUGUACAAGAUGCUUGAUCACUGCAAGCUUUUGCCUUUUUAAAUUAUUAUAUGUGUGCUCUGCUGUCUGUGUCUCCCUCUUUCCUUCAGAUGGUAAGAGUUUGUAGAACAGGCAGACAGUAAUUUAAGAAAUUCAGCUCUGCUUCCUCUGAGUCAGUUGUCCUAUGUAUAGAGAGAUAAAAGAUACUGGGUUGUUCACCUCUGUACAGACCUUCCUAUAUUUUAGGUGAUACUGAUUAUGGGUUAUAAUCAGAGAAACUAACUGUAUCUAGGGAUGAAAAUAAAAAGGUUUCUUUUUUGAUAA